AUGUCAAAAUCAUCCAACUUUCUUCUCCUUUUACUAUUUAUACUAAUUUUACUUCCAAGAACGAAUGGUGGUGGGCUUGGUGGACGUCGCGCAGAUCGUGGAGGGCGUAGUGGACUUUCAAGUUCAAGCAGUGCUGGAUCACGUGUCGGAGAAAGUGCUGGAUCCUCAACUUCAGGAAAUUUACAAAGGUAAGGGCCACAUGCAAUCGUCCAUGAUUAAACACAUUGAUUAAAUCUAUUCCAAGUUU